ACACCCAGACCUAGGAGGAGACACACUGACUUGGGUGAGGGACUGACUCAGGAGGACAGACAGACACAUAGAGGGUGGAGGUGACACUGAUCACACAGGGGAGAAGAGGUCGAAGCAAGGAGAAGAAGGUUGGGCAUUAAGACAAGGGGGAGAAGAAGGUGUCAGGUCCGACCAGAAGACAUGGAAGGAUCUUCAUUUGGUGCAGGUCCUGCAGGAGGGAGCUUUGAACCUGUGGAUUUCCUCAAACAGCCACAGACCAUCCUGAGGAUACUGUCCUGGGUUUUCUCUAUCGUGGUUUUCGGCUCCAUAGUGAACGAAGGUUAUGUUAACAUUGACAGCCCCGAGCUGCACUGUGCCUAUAACAGAAACGAGGACGCCUGUAAUUACGCCAUCUCCAUCGGACUCAUCGCGUUCUUCGCCUGCGUCUUCUUCCUGGUGCUGGAUAUUUACUUCCCGCAGAUCAGCAGCGUGAAAGAUCGGAAGAGAGCAGUGCUGCUGGACAUGGGGUUCUCAGGGUUUUGGGCCUUCAUGUGGUUCGUUUGCUUUUGCUACCUGGCCAACCAGUGGCAAAGGACCCCGAAGCUGCCAGAAGUGGACCAGGCCGCUGAUGCCGCAAGAGCAGCCAUAGCGUUCUCCUUCUUCUCCAUUAUCACCUGGGUUUUGCUCACUCUGAAAGCCGUCCAGAGGUACCGGCUAGGAACGGACAUGUCCUUGUUUGCCACGGAUCCACUCGCUUCUGCGCCCAAUGCCGGAUACCCGGGUUACCCCACGGGCAGCGGGAUAGAAAGUACGGAUACUUACCAGAGCCCUCCAUUCACCGAAAAUUCAGACAUCAACCCCAGGGGCUACCAAGUGCCAUCUUACUGAGGGGCCACAAGGGGCCACCUCUGGGUCUUUCUACACAGACAGAGCGGGUUAGCUGAUGCGGAGCGGAGAAUCGGAGGAUGGCUUCAAACUUAACAAAAAAAAAGUACUACUUUCUAGAUGUGAUUUCAAGUGCUGGUCGAAUUGUUUUAUCAUUUAGAUGUACAGUCGCUCUGUACGCCGGUGAUCGAUUGUAUGUGAUACCUAAAAAGGGGUUAAUUUAUUAUUCUUUAUUAACGAAUGCAGUGUUCCCUCUAAGGCGAGAGCCGCCAGUCGGCCAGCAUCCAGCUGGGCUUCAACCAAAAUCCACCACGUGGCCAAAGACGGCAGAAAUAACUCAGCAGCUGGGAUGCCAGCGACUGUCCGCACCGGCGCCUACGUGGAGAAACCACGCGCGGGAUGUAAGACCCACUGGUGGGCCACAAUAAAUUUAAAAGGUGGGCUCGUGGGCCAUGCCGGACAGGUAACAUUGGUUUUACCCAUACAUUGUACAUAAAACAUACAUAGAAACAGGAUUUACCGGCAGCUCGGCCCCAUUCGGCCCAUCUGUAAAGACUCAAACCUUAAUCAGUCGCUGGUCUCGUAUUAGAUUCAGGAGCCGUUUGUCUAUCCCAUGCAUGUUUAAAUCCCCCUCACUGUAUUAACCUCUACCACUUCUGCUGGGAGGCUGUUCUACUUAUCUACCACUCAGUGUGUAAUAAAUAUUCGAUAUAGCAAAGUUUAGCUUAAUCUGUGCCAUGGAUUAGACUGGAGUAACCGAGCUCUUAGGUUAUGGAUGAGACUGAUGAGGGUUGUCCUGAAAUCACCAGACCCUAUGGCAUUAUGAACAUUCCCUGCACCCAGUUUUGUUCUUGGGGGGUCUGGUGUAUUUAAAUAUCAGCCCCACCCACAGUGUCUUGGGAAAUAGUGUAUCUAUAUAUAUAUCACUAGCCUACAAGUAUAGGAAAUGUACAGAUCAAAAAUAUUACUAGCUAUAUUUGCAUAACAUUUAUACCUCUGCGUAAAAAAGCACAGAACAACCAAAAUAACCUAAAAUAAUAAAAAAAAAUCUUUUGAUCUAUGCAUUAGUUAGGACAAUGUAGAGACUAAAUGCCAAGCUUUUUUUUUUUGACAAUAAUUACACAUACACUACGGUUUAAAGGUUUGGGGUCGCUUACCUGUUUCCAUGGAAAACAAGGACAUUUCUGGCUGUAACAUAAUU